GGAGAUAACCGAAGAAGUCCGAAAUGCGGCGGAGCUGUCCGGAACAUCCGGCACCUUCAACAUAAACAGCAAUGGCGGAAGCAGCUGCAUCGUCCACAGCGGCCCCAACGGUAUCAGGAGGUUGGACCAAACACGUAACCUGCAGAUAUUUUUUGCAUGGUCUAUGCAAAGAAGGAGACAACUGCCGCUAUUCUCACGAUCUGACGAACAGCCAGCCUGCAGCCAUGCUCUGCAAGUUCUUUCAGAAGGGAAACUGUGCGUUUGGGGAUCGCUGCAGGUUUGAACACCACAACCCUUCACAAGACGACCUGCCAACACCUGAGCCUUUGCCUUCCACCUCCCGGAGCAGCCAGCCCGAUCCGGAGCUCAGUGGGCCGUUGCCUGGCCUAGGGGCACAAGAUUGGGUCAACGCUGCAGAAUUUGUCCCAGGGCAGCCAUACUGUGGACGUGCGGAGUCGGCGAACGCUCAGAGCCCUGGUCCCCUCAUCGAGGAGUUUGACAGCGAAGCGACGCGUCACAGCAAAGAGCAACUGAGGAAGCAACUCUGUCCGUACGCCGCCGUUGGAGAGUGCCGCUAUGGCCUCAACUGCGUCUAUCUCCACGGUGACAUUUGCGACAUGUGCGGCCUGCAGGUUCUCCACCCCACCGACAAGGACCAGCGAUCGGUGCACACAAAGGCCUGUAUCGAAGCCCACGAGAAAGACAUGGAGAUCUCCUUUGCCAUCCAGCGCAGCAAGGACAUGAUGUGCGGCGUGUGCAUGGAAGUGGUGUUCGAGAAGACCAACCCGAGCGAGCGUCGCUUUGGCAUCCUGUCCAACUGCAGCCAUUGCUACUGCCUGAAGUGCAUCCGUAGGUGGAGAAGCGCCCGGCAGUUUGAGAGCAGAAUCAUCAAAUCUUGUCCAGAAUGCAGAAUCACUUCCAACUUUGUCAUCCCGAGCGAGUACUGGGUGGAAGACAAAGAAGAGAAGCAGAAGCUCAUCCAGACGUACAAAGAAGGCAUGGGGAGCAAACCGUGCCGAUACUUUAACGAGGGGCGUGGAACGUGUCCCUUUGGGUCCAACUGCUUCUACAAGCACGCUUUUCCCGACGGGCGACUGGAGGAAGCUCAGCCUCCGCGGAGACAAACCGGGUCCAACAGCAGCAGGAACCGGAACUCGAGACAGACGCGCUUGUGGGACAUCCUGGACGAGCGGGAAAGCACCGACUCAUUCGAUAACGACGACGACGAGAUGGUGACGUUCGAGCUGAGCGAAAUGCUUCUCAUGCUGCUCGCCGCCGGAACCGACGACGACGUGACCGACUCUGAGGACGAAUGGGACUUGUUUCACGAGGAUUUGGAUGAUUUUUACGAGAUUUACCUAUAGCUACACCCCACCUCCUCAACAUAUAUAUAUAUAUAUAUACUGUAUAAACUUAUAUAUAUAUAUGUACAACUAAACCCUAGAAUGGACUGUCUUGUGCGAGUGAUGGACAGUAGUCUCCUUCCCUCUUGUAUUGUGGCAGUGCCUUUAAGCAGGCCAUUCAUAAAAAACUUUAAAAAGAUGAAAGUAAGAAAAAUGCACAUUUUCUAGACAUCUAUCGCUGUUGGUUUUAUCCUGGUGUCCUCCAAGCAAAAAAUAUCACAAAUGUAUUCAGAUUUUGCUGAAACAAGUUUAUUUGUGGACCUCGGUUUCACUUGUUGAUCAUCUACCUGGCUUUUGUACAUACGUCAGACACUCAUCAUUUAUUAGCACUUGUAAGAUAUUCCAUCUUUUCAAGGCAAGAACUGUUCCUUCCCCUCUUAUAGCUUCUAUAUUGUGCUAACUAGUAACCAUGUCCACGUUCCUGGUGUACUGCAAUGUAUUUACUGUACUUUGGGGAGCAUUGAGAUACAUUUAUUGCACAUUUUAAGCUCACAAGAGGAAUAAUGUAAAAGUUAAAAACUGUCCCUUGUUUUUGUUCCAUGCAAUGGUCUAACGCUAACCGUCAUGUACUUGGGACACAGCAAUGGUGUCAUACCAAAAGUCCAAUGAAAAAUAAUUUCCUUCCCGGUUGGCUUCAUUGAACUUUUGUUUUUUUAAAUUAAGUUACAUUUGGAUUGUAUAUGCCAAAUACUUCUCCAUGCUUGGUAGCUGGUUUCAACCUGUUGAAGUCCGGUGGAAUGCAUAUGUUUAUACUGAAAUGUGUGUUUUCUAUGUUCCACGGCCCUCCAUCUUAACUUGAAAUUAAAGUUUAUUA